CGAAGACCUUCCAGAAGCUCAGGCUCUAUCGACAAUCGACAUAAACUACCUCCUACUUCUUUCAUAAUCACAACUUCGAUUCUUCCUUAUAGUGUAUGCUUCGGUUUCGUUCCUUAUACAAAAUGGCCGAAGAAACCAUCACGAAGAAGGUCAAGACUUCUUCCCCCUUGAUCGGAACCCACAACGGCCACUUCCACGCCGACGAAGCUCUUGCUGUCUACCUUCUCCGUCUCCUUCCCACCUACAGCGCCUCUCCCCUCGUCCGCACUCGUGAUCCCGCCCAACUUGCAACAUGCCACACCGUUGUCGAUGUGGGCGGCGAGUACGACCCCUCCACCAACCGCUAUGAUCACCACCAGCGCACCUUCGCAACCACCUUCCCGGCCCACGAGACCAAGCUCUCCUCCGCCGGUCUGGUCUACAUGCACUUCGGCCGGGCCAUCAUCGCCCAACACACCUCGCUUCCCGAGGACCACGCGGACGUGACUCUCCUGUACGAAAAGCUGUACAACGACUUCAUCGAGGCGAUCGACGCGAACGACAACGGGGUCUCGGUGUACGACCCGGAGGGCCUCACCGCCGCCGGCCUGAAGAAGCGCUUCCGGGACGGCGGGGUCACGCUGGCCUCGGUUGUCGGUGACAUGAACAACCCGGACCCCACCAGCCCGCCCGGCGAGCCCCAGGACGAGGACAGCCUGUUCGGCCGCGCCAGCACCUUCAUCGGCAACGUCUUCACCCGCAAGCUGCACCACGCCGCCUCCUCCUGGCUCCCGGCCCGCACCAGCGUCGGCGCCGCGUACCGCUCGCGCCGCGAGGUCCACCCCUCCGGCCGCAUCAUCGUCCUCCCCCAGGGCGGCGUGCCCUGGAAGGAGCACCUGUACAACUUCGAGCAGGAGGAGGGUAGCUCCGGCAGCGAGCAGACCUACUACGUGCUGUACCCGGAGGGUGCCACCGAGGGCUCCAAGUGGCGCGUGCAGUGCGUGUCCGAGAGCGAAGGGAGCUUCGUCUCGCGCAAGCCUUUGCCCGAGGCGUGGCGCGGUGUCCGCGACUCCGACCUCGAUGCCGUCAUGGCCGUCGAGGCGGAUCAGGCGGGCCAGCCGCGCAUUCCCGACGGCGCGGUCUUCGUCCACGCCAGUGGUUUCAUCGGUGGCCACAAGACCAAGGAGGGUGCUCUGGCCAUGGCCAUCCGGGGCUUGGAGUAAUAGAUCGGUGUCUUGCAUCACUUGCUUAUCUAACGAACAUUUGAUCUGGGUAUUCAUGAGGCAUCAAAAAGUUAAAAAUUCAUUUUAUUACUCUUCC